GUCUGCUGAAAUGGUGAUAACAGUGCGCGUGUUUGUCUUUCGGGCGCGGCUUUGUAGCUGUAUACUCGCUUUUCAGUUUCUUUUGUGUGUAUCUGUGAACGCGGGUGUGCCGGGAAGCUGUAAACCCCGCUGUCAGGGGUUAGUAGGGAUGGGCUGGCAUCUCCACGAGUGGGAGAGGUGGGCACCUCUUGGGCACGGCUCCUGCCAGUGUGACCUGGCCUGGGAGUGCAGCGAAAAGUGGACAGUGAUGUAUCUGAGGGAAGCAAUGGCUCUUGAGAUGGGAGCAGAGGUGAGAUGAGAGCUUAGGGAGGGGUGAGGCCGUCACUGCCAGCCUGUGGGACACAGCUGUCUCUGUGGGACUGCGACACUGCAGUUACACUGAGUACGAGCAGUGAACCCUGCCUGUCUGCCACCUGACGUCAGAUGGUACUCAGGUGGAUGAGGAAAAUCUUACCAGGAAAACAGUCAGAGGUGAAGCAGUGGCCACCUCCAGCUCUGGAUGGUUUCCUAUUGCUAUCAGCCUUGAGUCAGAGCUGCCAGCGUUUAUUUCUGAAGGAGCAGCCCCAGUGACAGUUUCAUGUUGACAUUCGGGAGUGAGGAGGAGAAACCAGCUGAGCUACAGAAACCGGGUGUUGUGUGAACCGCCUUCCUUGGGAGCCCAUCGACUCCUGCAGCCCUUCCAGGCAACCCUUAAGCUGUUUCCAAUGGGCCACAAAGCCACAUCAGCCUCCUUUUGCCACCUCUCCCUCCGUUCUUUAGGCUGCAGAAUACCCUCGUUCUUUAUGCAAGUGGAACAAACGAUAAUAAAUAAUAAGCAGAGGCCACACUGCUUAAAGGGACACUUCUCAGCUGGUAGAGGGGACACACUGAAGAUCCAGGCUCUCUUUGUACAAGUGAGCAGUUAUUGGGUUUCAGAAAAGGGUGGCAGUCACUCAGCAAUGUUCUGCAGGUGUCAUGACGAAAUUUUCAUUAUGGAGUGUCAUACAGUCUGAUGGGGAACAGAAAACUGAAGAACAAGUAGUAGGAUCAAAUAGAAGGGAAUAAGCUGCCAUUCUUCUAUAGGUAGAUGAGUCCACCGUUGGAGGAGUGUUGUUUUCUUCCCUGUAAAAACACAACACAAUGGCACAAAAACACAUUUACAACCUUGGGUAGCCAAGAGACCAUAUUUAUGAAGAGUUUUUGUGCUUUCUUUUAAUUAAAGGCCAUAGCUUCUGCUGCCUCUCACACAAGACCUGCAGUAGCCAAGCAGUGUCACAGCCUUCACCAGUCCUGUUUAGCAUCAUUGUAAGAAGUUAAGCAAUCCACUCUGUUUCAUUCCUUUCUUUUUUUAUGUUACUUACUAUGCAACUUUUCCUUUGAUCCAGGUACCUCUAAGAAACAAAACCAAAGCCGUGUUACUCUGCAGAUGGCAAAGUCCUCCUUUCCUGGAGGAUUUUUCUUAGAGAACCCAUUGAGACUGUAUGAGAGCAGCUAGCCAUAUACCCAGGUUUUCUUGGAUAUACAUUUUUUUGCCAGAUGGCAGCUGAGAAAUCCAAAACCUUACUGGGAUUUCUGGCCACUCAGCAGAGGAGUAGCUCUGGCCACAUUGCAGACAUUCAGGCAAUCUUCGGUGUGCCUAUGGCACGCAUUCCGCAGAGGUGACCUGGCCUUAUGCAGGGGCAGGUGACAUAUUCAGGUCAUGUUCCGUUCGCAUUGUAUGCAAUGACAACACAUCAAUAAACAGCUGUGUGGGAAAUCCUGACUGUCAAAAUACAUCAACCCUAACCUGACACUGGGUUGUUGUUUUUUUUUACUGAUAUAAAAGAAACUCCAACUGUCGUGGAAACUUUUAUUUCCAUUGUCUAAGUAGACCAGCUCACCCAGUUUGAUUAAAGUUACGUGGUUUAAAAUCACAUUCUGCUACCAUCCUUUCUUCUGUGUCAUGUAUCAGAUUUUCUUUGUUUUCCUUCUUGUUCACCUGCAAGUAUUUGCUGCAGAGCAGCUAACGCCUCUCAUAAAACAUGUUGAGCUCCCUCUAUGACAAAACAAAUUGAAGAGCUUUUCUCUUGAGCCUUCACAAUCCCACAGCAAAUGGCAACAAAUCCAUACAGGAGUGCUCAGCAGGGCAUGCUGCAGCCAAGGACCACUCGAGUCAGCUGGCAGGCAGUAGGACUCAGGAUAAGGGAGCAGGAGAGAGGAGCAUGGGGCAGGCAGGAGGACAUGACCCAGGAGCACUCCAAACUGGGGAACUAUGGUGCUGUGUUUGGGCUUAUGCCAUCACAUCUACCAGGCCUGGGGUCAGGCCUUCAGCAGGGCCAAAUUCUUCCUUCUCCUCUCACCCCUAUGGACGGGACUUUUAAUGAAACGAGCCUGAGGCCUUCUACACCUGCAGGAAGCCAGUACCAGCUCUACAUUGGCUUGGCUCUGGCAGUCAGUUCCAGCAUCUUCAUUGGAUCCAGCUUCAUCUUGAAGAAAAAGGGCCUCCUGAAGCUGGCCACCAAAGGAGCUCCCCGUGCUGGACAGGGUGGAUAUUCUUACUUGAAGGAAUGGCUUUGGUGGGCUGGACUACUUUCAAUGGGAUUGGGAGAAGCUGCAAACUUUGCUGCCUAUGCCUUUGCACCAGCAACCUUAGUUACCCCUUUGGGUGCGCUGAGUGUUCUCAUAAGUGCUAUAUUGUCAUCCUACUUUCUGAAGGAGAAGCUGAAUAUUCACGGCAAGUUGGGCUGUGUUCUCUGUGUUUUGGGUUCUACAGUCAUGGUUAUCCAUGCCCCAGAGGAGGAGGAGAUCACCUCACUGGAUGAGAUGGAAAUAAAACUGCAAGAUCCAGCGUUUGUUGCAUUUGCUGUUCUCCUAAUGUCUGUUGCCCUCGUGCUGAUUUUUGUUGUGGCUCCACGGAGAGGUCAAACAAAUAUACUGAUCUACAUUUUAAUUUGCUCACUCAUUGGUGCCUUCUCUGUCUCAUCUGUCAAAGGCCUGGGCAUUGCCAUUAAAGAAAUGUUGGAGCGGAAGCCAGUUUAUCGACAUCCCCUGGUUUAUAUUUUGGUGGGAAUCCUAUUGCUCUCAGUCAGCACCCAGAUCAAUUAUCUCAACAAAGCACUGGACACAUUUAACACAUCUCUAGUGACACCUAUUUAUUACGUGUGUUUCACCAUGACGGUGGUGACAUGCUCCAUCAUCCUGUUCAAGGAAUGGAGUAGUAUGGACCUGGAUGACAUCACUGGGACCCUCAGCGGAUUCUGCAGUAUAAUAAUAGGAAUUUUUCUAUUACAUGCUUUCAAAAAUACUGAUAUCACCUGGAGUCAGUUGAUGUCCAGUGUUGCAAAAGAAUCAUCAUUGCCGCAUUGCGAGUAUGAAACCUCUCACACUUUACUGGAGAGCAUGGAAGACCCAGCUGUGAUAUAUGGGGAAGAUAAUGUUUUAUUCAGCCAAUGAAAUUCUCAAGUGACAGCUCCUCAUUCCACUGUCGUGAAUUGCAGACUCACCUGUAUCUACCAGACCACUCUUCGUCACUGCUAUCCUCUGGAAAACUGCCUUUAAAGGCACACUCCUCUGUGUGCCAGCUGUUGGUAAUAACGAAUUAAAAUGUUCAAUAAUUGACAUGAGGGACAGAAACCUGGUGGUUAUAAUAUGUCAAGCAGUGAACAAGUUUGUCUAUUUUUUAUGCAGCGUCUCCCAUUGGAGAAUUUUAGCAAGAAAGGAUUUUUUUCCACAACUUGUAUUGUUCAGGGUGAGCUCAGAACUCUUACCAGAGGAUGCUUGCCAGAGCUUUAAGCAAGAGAGCUGGGUUAUUAAAAAUGACUUUUGAUCAGCUGGGAUUUAUAUGCCAAACAGAACCUCUUCAUAAAGCAGGCUGUGUAAUGUCCAAGGAGUAGAGUAAAUAAUGACACUUUGGGUUACGUUGUUCCAUGAAGAGAAAGCUCACAAUUUAUCUGUAGGAACAAAAUGGUUGCUACUGCUUGCAGCAUACUUGCACAUGUGCUUGUGCUGUGCCAAGUUUAAUCUUGAUGCCAAAGCCAUUUUCUUCCUUUCUGAAAGGUGUUCAUGAAACAUCUUAUUUGUUAAUGAUUUUUCUUUUAUUUUAGUGAGGAUUUAGAAGCUAUCAAAACCUGAGUGGCUCUAGGGAUACCUGUUUGAAGUUACUUCUAAACAGCAAGCAUCUUUCUUUUCCACUUGAAUAGAUUUGUAAUUGACAUAUGUACAGGAGGAAGUAGUAAUUGUACCAAUCACAUAGACAUUAUUUCUAAAUCCUUGACUAGAAGAAGCAGGAAUUCUGUAUUUCCUACCAGACCUGCUUGUCUACUUUUAUGUAUAAAUAACGUCUACUAGGAAAACAAUGUUAUCUUCUUGCAGUGUCAGAAAGUCUAAGUUAAUGCUUAUAUCCUUGGUGUACUAAAACACUAAAAUGUUACAAAGUAAAUUAUUGAUUAUCUUUUGUAUAAAAGUUUUUGCUAGAAGAGGUAUUAUUUUUGAAAGUGUUCAUAUUUAGUAAAUGAUUUGGAAGAAGUUUAAUUUUUACUGAAAUUAUGCUAAUAUUUUUCUCGUAAUAAAUUAUAUACAUGGAUUACGUAUUAAA